AUGUCGUCAUUGCCAUCGUCUUCGUCAUCAUCUGAGGCUAAUCCCUCAACAUCUUCAUCUUUAACUUCAACAGACUCUCCUCCUUCAACACCGCCUCCAUCAGAACCAACACCGCCUCCGCCCUCUCCUCCUGCAUCAACGCCUCCCCCGCCCUCUCUAUCAUCAACUCCGCCCCCGCCCUCUCCAUCAUCAUCGCCCCCUCCCCCUCCCCCUCCAACCUCACCUCCUCCGCCCCCACCAACUUCUUACCCUCCACCUCCCGCGGCUUCAACGCCACCCUCAUCCCCUCCCCCUACCCCUUCCGCAACAUCCAGUUCCCCUCCCCCUUCUCCUCCCGUAACAUCAAAAUCCGAAUCCCCUCCUCCGCCAGUUUCCACAGUCACUCCCCCGCCAUCUCCUCCCACCUCAAACCCAACCCCUGUGGCUGCCUCGCAAAAUCCUCCUACACAACAAGCUAAUUCCUCUUGGUUGCCUACAAUUCCUCCACCCCAACCAAUACCUAUUUCUCCAGAACUACCUACAUUGCCUUUUAAUUUCUCUCAUAACCCUCCACUCCCAGCGUCCGCUAGCUCACCCCCAGUUCCUCCACACCCUCAGAAUGUGAACGGCUUUAUCAUCGCCGGAGUUGGCGCGGGAGGUACUGUGAUAAUCGCACUUCUCUUCAUCAUCUUCUGCCUUUCUUGUAACCGAAGAAAAAGAAAAUCCGAUUACGUAAUGGAACCAUUGCAAUGGCAUGGUCAGCAACCUAUUUAUCCAACCAUGAAUCUCCACCCUCCUGCCGGAAGCUUCAUGGGCGGCGGGUGGGUCCCGAAUUCAAGUAGCGAAUUUAGCUCAGGCCAACAUGGCGCUAUCCAAUCACAAAACAUGGGUGGUAUGUACCAGUUCAGCUACGAGGAGCUUGCCGCAGCCACCAACGGAUUCUCUCAAGCCAACCUGUUGGGGCAAGGUGGCUUCGGCCCCGUGCACAAGGGUGUUUUGCCUGAUGGGAGAGAUGUUGCCGUCAAGAGCCUCAAGAGCGGCAGCGGCCAAGGCGAGCGAGAGUUCCAGGCUGAGGUUGAGAUCAUCAGCCGCGUCCACCACCGCCAUCUCGUCUCCCUUGUUGGAUACUCCAUCGCUAAUGGGAACAAACUCCUCGUCUACGAGUUUGUUCCUAAUAAGACGCUCGAGUUUCAUCUUCAUGGAAAAGGUGAACUUGUGCUUGAUUGGGCGACGAGGCUUCGUAUUGCAGUUGGCAUGGCCAAGGGGCUUGCAUACCUCCAUGAAGAUUGUUCACCACGAAUUAUCCACCGUGAUAUCAAAGCAGCAAACAUUCUUAUUGACAAUAACUAUGAAGCAAUGGUGGCCGAUUUCGGAUUGGCUAAACUCACUACUGACAACAAUACUCAUGUCUCUACACGCGUAAUGGGAACUUUUGGGUACCUAGCACCGGAAUAUGCAUCAAGCGGGAAAUUAUCAGAAAAAUCAGACGUGUUCUCAUUCGGGGUGAUGCUGCUGGAGCUCAUCACCGGGCGGAAGCCAAUCGACCUCUCAAACAGCAUGAUGGAAGACAGCCUAGUAGACUGGGCGAGGCCUCUUCUAACAAAGGCAAUGGAAGAUGGCAACUUGGAAGAGCUGGUGGAUCCACGGCUAGAGGGUAAAUUCCACCACGCCGAGUUGUCUUGCAUGGCUAGUUGUGCUGCUGCGAGCAUACGACACUCAGCGAGAAAACGGCCUAAAAUGAGCCAGAUAGUGCGGGCGCUUGAUGGGGACUCGUCGUUGGAGGACUUGAACGAGGGGGUGAAGCCAGGGCAGAGCACGGUGUUCAACCCCAACGGGGGGUCUGAGGUGUACGACACGCGUGCCUACAAUGCCGACAUGUUGAAGUUCAAGAAGAUGGUCAUGGCGUCUGGGGAAUUCACCAGCAGCGAGUACGGUACCGACUCCUCCGAGGUUGAUACUCAUUGAUGUCUAAAUCAUAAUCUUAUAUCUCCACUCACAUGUAUCAUAUAUGUAUAUGUACUUCAUGUAGGAUUACCAAACCAUAUAUAUAUACAUUAAGGCGUCUGACCUAAAUUCCAAAUGAAA